GACCUGGCUCCCCCUCAGGAAGACACAGCCAUGACAGACACAGACAACACUGACGACAUGCCUGCCAUCCCCAAGGGAUCCUACAGCAUCGACUGGGACAGCCUGGACGACAACAUCAACCCCUUCGAGUCCAAAACCAAAGUCUCCUCCUCUCCGCCAAAGACAUUUGGUUCCUACCAGAUCGACUUUGACAACCUGGACAACAUCGAUCCUUUCAAAACAUCAAAGGGACUUGCUAACUCUCCGGUGAAGGGCAGUCCACUCAGAGAUGAAAACAUCAGUGCAAAUGCCAACAAGAACUCACCGAAGAGCUCUCCAGCAAAGAAGUCAUCUCCUGCUAAAAAGUCCAGCAAGUUGAAAUCUCCCAGAAAGGCACAGACCAAAAGUUCCCUGGCAGUGAAACAAGACAGAAUACCAGAGCCUGAGGCAGACGUGGAGUCCAUGAGGACGUUCUUGUCCAGCGAGAGGGACAGCAAAAAAAUGUCCCCUCCGCCAGCGGAGAUAGACAGCCAAUCAGACCACAGCAUUCCCAACUCGUCUUCCAGCGACACUGGUUUCCAGGAUGGUGAACCCAACAUGGACGAUGAAGAAUUCAAGUCGCCCUCCAAAAUCAAUGAUCCAGUUUUUGCUCCGUCCACUGACCCGACAUCUUUUGAUGUAGCUUUCCUGGAGAAACAUGGUGCAUCUACAUUUAAGGAGUCAGCGUUGGCCCGACAGUCUCUGUACGUGAAAUUUGACCCCCUGGUGAAGGGAGCCAGCCCUGAAAAGACACAGCCUAUGGAUACCCCCAAGGAUAUCGAUGAUAGUGGUUGUUGCGAUGUGUCUAACCUAAGUCGCAUUGCUGUAAUCGCCCCCUAUUCAGCUAAGCACAAGGGCCUUCUCCCUGCUAUCGAGAAUGAAGAAGAAGAGAAUGACCUCCUGCAGAUGAGCACCCCUCCCACCCAGAGGGCAGAGCCCAAGCCCAAACACCCGGCCGCCCGCAAGCUGGCUGAACAAGUGGCCGCCAAGCCUGAGUCACCCGGCCUGGGGAAGGGCGUGGACAAACUCCUCACCUUCAGUCCUGGAACUGCCAUGCAAGAGGAGUCCAGCAGAAAGAAGGAAGAGUCCCCAGAAGCUAUGGACAUUGACUCCACAUCAGCAGAAGAGGACACUGAGAGUCCCAAAGACUUCCCUGUUGACCUCCUGACAUGCAGCCCUCUUCCUUCUCUGGAGGCUAGUGCCGAUAAUGCUGUAUUGCAGAAACUACCUUCAGACGAUAGUGUAGAUGAUACAGCCGAAAAGAUGUUAAAAUUAUCCAAAUCUGAAAAGACACCAGAGAAAAAACAGAAAUCUUCCUCUGGCAGCAAGACCAAAUCCUCCUCGAAAGGAGAAAAAUCCAGAGGAAGCCUGAAAAAGUUUCUCAAAUCCAAGUUUGCCAAGGGCAAGCAAGACCAGGCCAAAGAAGGCGAGGACGUAUUCUUUUUCAGUGGCGAUGAGGUACAGACUUUGCAUUCUGCAAACGAGGAGAAGAUAGACAUGGGGGCAAACGAAAGUUCAACAGAGAAUCAUCAAGGGAACUUGAGACAACGGCCGCAGUCUGCUUAUUUUAAUGGGAGCCAGUCUACUUUAAAUAGUCAGAUUACCCUGACCACAAGUGAAACUUCGCUGGACGUUGUGUCUGUGGACUCAUCCACCGGUGGUUCUGAGGAAUCAGACAAAUUGAAGAGGGGCAAAAAGAAUGGUCUUGGUAGCCUGUUAAAGCGAACUUUCUCACUGAAAAAAGUGAACACCAGUGUGGAAUCAGCUACCGACAAAUUAGAGGCCUCCCCGCAGCCUAAAACACCUGAUGGAUUAUGGGGCCUUCUCCCUGUCCCAAUACAAGCUGCUGAGGAUCCUGAUGGCACCUCUGAGGUCCCUACGGUUGUCCCAAAUGUGACACCUGUGGCAGAAAGUGCCAAGUCCCAGCCAGAACCACUCCAGUUUGAAAGUUCAGAAACAAUGUGUCAGUUAGACUCUAAACCAGAACCACCUGGUGACACUGAAGGCAAGCUAGAGGCUACCCCCCUCUCUGUCAAAUCUGAGGAUAAAAUUAUUAGUGUUACAAAUUCUAAAGAAGCCGAACUUCCUACCGUAGAAACUGUCUUUAAAGCUGAGCAAAGUGGGCCAGAUGUACUUAAUAUAGCUCCCAAAACAGAGGAGUCAGAUGCUAUUAUCAAGUCUUGUGAACCUGAAACGUCUGGCUCAGAAAUUGUCACUGAACUUGAGCAGAAUGUUUGUGAGGUUGAUACCAAAGCACACAUAACACCAGUAAUUGUUGGCAAAACUGAACCACAUGAAGUUCCUAAAACAAAGGCUGGUAUCACUGCUGAGCAAAUCGGACAAGACAGAAAUACUGAAACUCACAUAGUACAAGCAGAAAGUUCAACCAAAUCACAGAAAUCUGAUGCUGAUAUUGAGGCUCAUGUCAACCAAUUUGAGUUGGAUACAAUAAAUCAGUCAGAAGUGUUAGCAGAGGCUGAUAAUGUGGAUAUGGAAGUCUUGUCCUCUGAAAAUCUGGGGUCAGAAAUUAUUUGUCAGGAAAAACAUGUUUCUGAAAUCACAUCACAUGUUGAAGAAGAUAAUACCGAGGUCACAUCUCAAGUAGAAAGCCCUGAUAUAGGAGUUCAACCUGAACUAGAAAAACCUCAGGGAAAUGUCACAAGCCAGCCCAAAACUGUCAGCUCCGAAACAGAACACGUCCCUAAACCUCAUGCUGUCAUAGAACCACCCCCACAACUGGAGAUACCACAGGAGGCAGUUGAUACUCCAUCAGACUCUACUUUACAGGAGACCACACCAGCAGUUACCAUUAAUAAAGUAGAUCUGCUUCCGGAAAUACCAGCUGUUGAGUGUCUUGAAGAUGAAAUCUUCCCCCUGUCUGAGGACCUGUCACUGGCAGAGUCAACUAAAUCAGAACAGGGAAAAGAUACGCAUGAAAAGGAAUUGGCUGCAGACUUGCCAAAACUAGCUUCCAAACAGCUGGUUGACUUGGACGAUGUUUCCAUCUUAGACACAGAUGACUUGGAGAUUGUGGAAUGUGGAUUUGAAGAUAAUACAGAAGAUGACUCAGUCUUUACGGAUGAGUGUCUGUCACUAUCUAGCUCAGCAUCCACAAGGGAUAUUGAACCUUUAAAAGUGACAUUCAGUGACAACAUUGAUUAUGCUGCAGGGGGGCAAAAGGAGCCUAAAGAUGAUACUUCCUGUGACACGCUUUCGGAAUUUAGCCUUGAGAGCGACCCACCAAAAAGUGAAGAUUUUGCAUCGGAACCGAAAGCAAAACAACAGUCAAAGACAAAGUCGCCUAAAUUGAAGAAGGAGUCUGCCAAGCCUGGUUCCAAGCAACCUACCCCAAAAUCUUCUAGUAAGGAGUCAGCCACAGAGAAAGGCAGCAAGAAGCCAGAGGCAAAGACCCCGUCCACUCCUAAAGCAACACCCAGGAGCAUGAGAAAGUCCUUAUCAGAGGGACCUGACAAACAAAAAGAGAACAAGAAAGUCCUGCAGCGAUCUAUGUCAGCAUCCAACACUGAGGAUAACAAGGAAAAGAAGACAACAACUCCCAAAACAACUCCCAAGUUACAAAAUAAGAAACAAGGCAGUGGAGAGGAUACUUCUAGGGCAAAGCCAGCAACACCUAAAACAAGACCUCGUGCUUUGUCAGAGCGAAAAGACCUGAGUAAGAGUGCCCCAACCACCCCUCUGGCUAGACCCCGCUCUCUCUCCACAACUGAGCGAAGGGAAACAAGCGCACCCCCCACCCCAAAGGGCCGACCUCGCUCCUUUUCUACCACAGAGAAAAAGGGCAUGUCUGCUCCAACUACACCAAAGACAAGACCCAGAUCCCUUUCUACUACUGAGAAAAAAGAUGUGAAAGCUCCUCCAACCCCAAAGAUCAGACCCAGGUCUCUUUCUACUACAGAGAAGAGGACUACUCCUGCUUCUGCAGCACCCAGCACUCGACCCCGGUCCUCCUCUACUACUGAGCCCAAGAGAAAAGGUGAAAACCCCUCAGUGACGGUGAAGCCAAGACCUCGCUCCCUCUCCAAUGCUGAGAGGGACAGGAGAAACAAACCUGAACCAACAACCCCAAAGUCAAGGCCUAGAGCAGAGCGAGACAAAAAGUGUUCAAGUGAACCCCCCACCCCAAAGUCCAGACCCCGGUCCCAGUGCAACCUAGCUGAGACAAAAAGCAAGAAGCAAACCAAUGAUAUAAUGACCCUUGCAACCCAGUGGGAACAGCUGCCCACUAAGUUCUCCACUUUCAAGCAGAAAUCAAAGCUAUCUCGGGAGGCUUCAAUAGACGAGGGUACUGCGGAGACAUGUAAGGUAGAGGUGGCAGAUGUACAGGCAGUGCCUGAGGCUGAGUUUCCUAUACCUGCUGAACCCAAUGGCCCGACCAAAGUCACGGUGCCCCCAAAAUCCACCGUUGUGGAGGCCAAACCAGUGGAAAUCCCCCAGCCAUGUGCACCAGCCCAGACUCCUGAUGCAGAGACCAGCAAAGGCAAGCCCUCUCCCAGACCGUCCCCGCCUCGGCCCACAGAGUCUUUCGCUCCCAAGUCAUCCAAACAAGACGAGGGCAUUGUACAGUUGUUGCGGUACUCCCAGGCUGAUCAGGAUGCUGCUGUCAAACUCGCAAAGGAAGAGGUGGAAAAGGAGUGGGCGAUCAAGAUGUCUGUGCGAGACCUGGAGUUCCAGGAGGUCUGCAGACAGAAGGAGGAGUCUCUGAGAGACAACCACGAGAUGAAGAAAGUGGUUGAAGGCUAUGAGAGAACUAUACAGCAGAUGAUUGACAAACUUGACCACCUUGAGGCGGACAGGUUAAAAUUUGAGUUUGAGGACAAAAGUUUAACAAAAGAGAACAAGAUGCAGCUCAUCAGAGAAAAAGAACAGGCUCUGGAAGACCUAGCCAGCGUAGAGAAAUCUUUCAGUGACCUACACAAGAGAUAUGACAAGCUGAAGGGGGUUGUAGAGGGGCUAAAGAAGAAUGAAGAAACUAUGAAGAAGUGUAUCCAGGAGUACCAGACUAAACUGAAGAAGCAGGAGCAGAGAUAUCAGUCCCUCAAGUCACAUGCUGAGGAAAAAAUCGAGAGUGCCAACCAAGAGAUUGAUAGGGUGAGGAAGGCAAACCAGACGGAGGUGAUGGCUCUGCAGGCACAGCUGAAGAGAGCGGAGACCAAGGCAGCCAGUCUGGAGAGAACAGUGGAGCAGCAGGCUCAAGAAAAUAAAGAGCUGACUGCCAUCUGUGAUGACCUGAUAGCCAAGAUCGGAGGGAAGUCCUGAAACACCACCCAGUACAUUAUUCCGUACAACUUGUCUGGUUUCAACAGUCAUUGCUUUUGAUUAAAUGGAGCCCAAAUAUCAAGUGUGCUUACUGAGUUUGAUUUGGUUGUCAGGCAAGUUCCUAAGUAAAGACAAUGUUGAAAAUUAUUUAUGAUUGACAAGCCACGCCCUAUUUGAUGGUCAUACUUUUGUAAAGGUAUCAAAGUAUCCUUGGUGCUUGAUGCACAUGUUCUGACAUCUUUUGUACAGCUUUCUGUUAGCUACAGCCUUUCACCACUCUUGGUUUUCCCUUGGUAUUUAUUGCAAAUGUUAGGAAGAGGAGCAACUGUUGAACAAAUGGACAGCUUCACAAAGCUGUGCAUUUCAGGGAGCUUGCUUCCCAUGCAAUAAACUCUGUAGCUGUAACAAUUUCUACUGUACAGUUCAACUGUCAAAUUAGCUUAUGUAUGGAACUUGAAUGUUUAAUCUCCUUCUGAUUGGUUAUAGAAUGUUGAAUCAGUGAGUCAGUAAUUGGGGACGGGGAGAAGUAGAGUAGGUGAGAGAAAUUAAGAAAACAAGAUGACAUUUGUAAUGAUUGAACUAAUAUGUAACAUUUGCAUGGGGAGUGAGGGGUACGGGGGACAAUUAGAAGUCAAAAGAGGGAGAAACACAAAGCUCCUUUUUGUUCCCACCAGUUUUCUGCACACUGAGAUGAUCCAGGUGAUCUUCUUUGUGGGAACAUUCAGACUUGGUUGCUAGAGACUACAUAUACUUGCUUUAUGAUAAGGGAUACUGUAAAGGUCAGUGUUCAGAGUUGAAGUGCCAAGGUCAGGGUUAGACUAUGCACAUGUACUCCUGGUUAGGAAGAGACUGUAUAUUGAAUAGUCACAAAUAAGAAGUAUGGUAGAAGACACAUGAUUGCAACAGAAGUGAUGUUGUACCCUUUCAACAUGAUCACUGAGAGUUUUUAGAAGUAUGAAACUAUGUAUAGAUACUGUUUGAACAAGGAUAGUCUUCCCAUGUUAAUAUAUGAUAUUCUGCCUUCCAUGUUCUUUUGUACCAUAGAAGCUUCCCCAACCUAGAAAUAUCCCAAACCUUACCUUU